CUUUAGUCAAGUUUUUGGCGCCGUUGCCGGGGACGACUAGGUUGUUGAAGAAACGUGAAUUCUGUUAAUUUAGCUUUUCUUUUUGCAUUUUUUGCUUUGUCACACUUGUGCCUUCACGGGUUUGGUUGCUUGACAGUGUGCAGGUAGUGCAUGACCCGUAGCCAGUCGGGAGGUUUACUGCCGUUGAAUCCGGAGCUUGAAUGCACCUAUCGCCAACUCAGGAGACAACAGCGAGCUAGACUGGCUACGGAGGAGCGCAUAUACAGCCAUUUGAGCAGCGAGUCCGAGGACGAGUACGAGAUGGAAGGAGAUCACAAUCCACACCAGGGGAAUCCUCACCAGGUUCGCCCGGCGAAUCAGAUCUUGGGGAACAACCCCAUACCCCAGGAAGAUGGGGUUCAUCAUCAUCCACCGCCGCCGGGUCCCACCUUGGAGUACUACUACACUCCACGGAUUGCUGACAUCCGCCCGGUCAUCCUCUACCCGCCUAUUCCAGCGAACAACUUCGAGAUCAAGCCAUGUUGGAUUCAACUCAUUACAUCCUCUAUCCAGUUCCAUGGCUUGAAGGAUGAGGAGGCAAGGGUGCAUCUUUCCCGUUUUCUGCAGCUGACGAACGGGUUCAAGCUAAACUGUUUCCCUGAUGACGCAAUCCGCCUUCACCUCUUACCCCAUUCUUUAGCGGGGAAAUCUAAGAGGUGGUUGGAGACCCAUCCCCCAUUGUCCAUCACUUCUUGGGAUGAUCUGGCCGACAAUUUCGUGCACAGGUACUACUCGACAUCGAAGACCAUAGAGAUCCAGCGGGAGAUCACUCACUUCCGCCAAGAGCCAGACGAGUCACUUCGUGAUGCAUGGGAGCAGUACAUGGGAUUUUUCUGGCAGUGUCCCCAUCAUGGCUUCAGUGAUGCAUUCACCGUGGGGAACUUCUACAGUGCUCUCUCUCCGGACAGCCAGAGGGUGAUUGAGUCUCUAUGCCCAGGAGGGGAUAUUCUUACUAAGACCCCACCCAAAAUGAACCAGAUGAUCAGUACACUGGCUUCCAGAGAUCAUUCCUGGGGGCAGGGCACCAGAGGCCGGAAUUCCAGUGACCGUAGUGUGCACGCCAUGGAGGCCAGGUCCGGGCUCGAGCAGCAGGUGGCCGAGUUGGUGCAGACAUUGAAGCAGCCCAAUAGUCUUAUUUCGGGCAGAGGUUUGGCUACACCUCCAGUAGCUCAAUGUCAGUGGUGUGAGAGCUCAAAUCAUCUGGUGGAAGACUUCCAGGCUAUGCGGGAGUCAACUACUCCCCAAGAGCAGUUGGACUUCAUCGCCAAUGCUCGGCGCUUUGACCCCUACAGCAAUACAUACAAUGAGGGGUGGCGCCAGCAUCUUAACUUCGCUUGGAAUAACAACACCACUAAGCCACCUGGUUUCCCAGCACCAGCAGGUGGUUUCCAGCAGAGGCAGCCUUUCCAAGCUAGACAGGGGCCAGUCCCUCAGCAGCAGCCUCAGCGUCAGUAUGCCGAGCCAGCAGCAGCCCCGGUUCCAGAUAAUCAGAUGACGGAGCAGAAAAACAUUCUAGAGGCAUUCAUGACUACCACCCAGACAACUUUCACUAGGAUGGACCAAAGCAUAGCCUCACUGGAGGCAGGCCAGAGGAACCUAGGUGCCGUUUUGCAAGAUUUACAGAACCAGAUGGAUAGCAUGGCUCGCCAAAUUAAUACCCGAGCCCCAGAAACUCUACCUGCCACUACCAUCCCCAAUCCACGGGAGCCGCACCAGCAGCUGAAUGCCAUCACCACCAGGAGUGGCAAGUCCACAUCGGCGGUACCUGCCCAGGCUAGUGAGGAAGAGCAACUGCCUGCUUCAACACUUCCAGCCGAUGAUAUAGAAGUGAGGGUGGAGAAGGAAGCCCCUGCUCCCAAGCCACAACCAGUGGUUAAGGAGCAUGUACCCCAGCUUCCCUUCCCCACUCGACUACAUAAAGAUAAGCUGGAGACUAAGUUUGCCAAGUUCAUGGCAAUGUUGAAGCAGCUCGAUGUCAGCAUACCUUUCAUGAAGGCACUGUCGAAGAUGCCCAAGUACGCCAAGUUCAUGAAGGAUCUCCUCAGCAACAAGAAGAAACUUGGGGAUCUUUCGAUAGUGAUGCUGAGUGAGGAGUGUUCUGCCAUCUUGCAGAACAAGCUGCCCGAAAAGCGCAAGGACCCAGGGAGUUUCACUAUCCCUCUUAAUAUUGGCAGCAUUCAUGUAGGGAAGUCCUUGGCGGACCUAGGCGCUAGCAUAAAUGUCAUGCCAUACAAUCUGUUUAAAAAGUUAGACCUUGGUGAACUUAGCCCUGCUAGGAUGAGCAUUCAGUUAGCUGAUCGCUCUAUUGUGCAUCCUAGGGGUAUCAUAGAGGAUCUGCUUUUUAAAGUAGGCGCAUUCACAUAUCCUGUUGAUUUUGUUGUUCUGGAUAUAAAUGAGGAUGUGGAUGUGCCUUUGAUUUUGGGUACACUAUUUCUUGCCACCGCCAAGGCACUUAUUGAUGUGCAUAGUGGUAAACUGAUCUUGCGUGCUGGAAAUGAACAUGCUACUUUUUCUGUGGCUGACCCUGAUCAUUGUGAUAUGCCUGCUGUCAAACCUAUGCAUGUUAUUUCUCACCAGGUACACGAGCUUGUCGUGUACCCCCCUGUGCUUCUCGUUUUGCAGGAUCCCCCUCUCACGCCUGCGCCGCCACUCCCUUCAACCCCACCACCAAACAAAAGGAUCAAAGAGGAGUGGCGGCCGAAGCAGCAGGUGGCUAAGCCUGCACGGAGGAAAGGUGGAGACCACUAUGAGCUGGUUCCACCUCCUGCACCACGACCACCCUGGCCAUCCGAGUACUCACUCGCCUGCAUCUUCCCGGAUGGCCAGGUCGACCUGACCAAUGCUGGUGGUCGCACCCGUCUGGUGCAUGACCGCAAUCUAAAGCUGUACCUCAAGAGCGAUGUGGAUCCGCUCUUGGAGGCACAUGUUCCUGCACCCCGCUGAGUAUCCACCAUGGGCGUCCAUCUAAAAGACGGUAAAGAAGCGCUUGUGGAGAGGCAACCCCACCACGGUUUUCGUAUAUUCCUUUUGUUUUGGGUCGGAUUGUAAACUGGUUUGGUUUUGGAUGAUGUAUUAUUGGGCUGACAAUUGGACCUAACGGAUUGUGUUUGAGUUCUUCUGUUCCCUUUAGCUGUGCUUUGUCCCUGAUUGGUCCCCUCUCCAGUCCUCUUCACUCAGACUGGUCCGCUUCCAGUCUCAUGUAGUCCGUGCACACCGGUGACAUCGUUCCCCUUUAUCCUUCCCUCUUCUCCAUUGAGGGCAAUGUCGAUCUUAAGUGUGGGGGGAUGUUUCUCUUUUGACUGCAUUAGAUCUGUUUGUGUGCUUGGAGCCUAGUCCACUGUCCAAAUUUUUAAAUUUGAGGGCUCCAAGUACGUGUUUCCUUGCAAAUUGCCUGCUCAGUAUGCUUUGAAUUGACAGUCUCUAUAGUAAUGUGCAACCUAGGGAGGUAGUGUAGCACUAUGAAGGAUGUUGAAGUAUAAGAUUUUUCCUAUUUAGCUAUCUACUGUGCCAGUUGAUUUUGUGAAUUAGUGGAGCUAGGACCGUUGAAUUCAUGUGAUAAUGGUGACUCUAUGUGGAUUGUGUUAUGGACUCGUGUAUCGAACAGGGUGCUCAUGUGGAAAAUGAAAAAUGCAGUUGGUCCUCCAUGUCAAAAUCAUCAAAAUCUUAAACAUGGGGUAAGCCAAACGUGUGCGGCACCGUUCAUUGCACCAAAUCGGGUUUUGGAAGAGAUUUUAGUGAUCCUUAGUGGAGUACUCCUACAAGGUGAAGCUAAGUUGUCUCUAGUACAAGUAAAACUUCCACCCGUUGAACGAUUUGCCUACUUGAGGAUGUGUUUCUAAGGGCACGGAUAGAGCUUCCGACCCCCCUUAAUUUCAUUGACCCUCCACAUGAGUUGAGGAAAAGGAGUUAAAAGAAGUACUCUGGCGAGCGCCAGAUGUACAGAAAUUGCUCUUGCUCGACUAAUAAGGGUCGACCGUGUAAGAGACUGCAGUUGGAACCCCCGUCAAGUGAAUGAAAAAGAAAAAAAAAGUAAAAUGAAAGUGAAAAAGGGGUUCCAACGCUGAAAUGAAGUGAAAGAGCACCCCGGUACAACGAGUCCUUGGUUGUUAAUGGUGUGAGUCCCUUUAUCCAUGAACUGACUGUCUUACUUCUACUUCUUCUCAUGAUCCUGGCUUGAGUCUAGUACUCGCAUUGAGAGAGAUAGGAAACGUCUUAGAAGACCAGUUGACCUCGUAAGCUGCUAUAUGAUCUAGGAAAUCCUCUACCGACGAUCGGGGUUGUAUGUUGCUAUAGAGGUAUGGAGAGCUGUAUUGGUUUGAGUUAGGUUUGCUUGGGGACAAGCAAACGGUUAAGUGUGGGGGGAUUUGAUGACUCGAUAUUUGCACAUGUUUUCCCCUUUGUUUCUUGAUCGUUUGAGCUUUAAUUAUCGCGUAUUUGGCCUAUUUUACGCUAGGUUGUGUUCCUUUGUCACAUUUCAGGUCCUAGCACAUAAAGUGAAGCAUAGGCACAAGUUUCAAAUCAAUCAGAGAUCAAUUGGCGAUUAGGGAGAAGAAACUCGGGCAUGACCUGAAGAAGAAUGGAUUUCUACCUCACUUUAUGGACAAAGAAUCAUGGAAGCUUGUCAUAAAAAGAAAGAGGAUGAGACUACGAGCGUCUGAGAUCAAACGGUGACUGAUUCGGAGUCCGGACGAGGGAGAAACGAAGCAUUGAAUAUAGGGGAACAGGUUCGGCAGUAAAAACACGGGCACAUCUAAAGCAAAACACGACCGUGUCCAUAUUUAAGCAUGAUAGUGUUUUGGCCGACGCAGGCGUAUUUUUAACACGGGGUAAAGCAUGGGCGGGCAAAACCAAAGCACGGCCGUGCCCUCGACCGUGUUUUGCCCAGGGUCGGCCUUUUAGGCAGAUUUGAAUCAAAGGAGAAGGGGUUCCGAGUUUUAGAGAGACAGAGCAAUUCCUAGAGAGAGGAAGCGACGAACCGGAGUUCCCAAGUGCCCUAGCUUGAUCUUCAUCACCAUUGGAGCCCGGCUUGAGCUUGGAGAAGUGCCGAUUGACGACCAGGAGCAGAAACCCAUCCUUCACAGUAUGGUUUCCGCAUCUGAAUAUGCUUUUGCUUCUCUCUCCAUGGAGUAGUUUUCCCAUUCAUCUGGGUAUGGAGAACCCUAGAUUUGUAUGUUAGGUCUGAUUGUAUGAACCGAAGUAUAGAUUUUAUGAUUUGAUUAUAUUCAAUUGAGGCUUGAAUGAUUGAAUGACUUGAAUCCUGAUCAAAUUCCUGUUGUUUCUGCUUUAACCUAGAAAGAGAAUAUCUGCCUAGGUUGAUAGAGCACCCUUAAUUGAAGGUAGUGAAUUGGCGACUUUAGUCGAGGAGCCAAUUCACUAUUCUGUACCGAAGUUACUUCGGUAGUGGAGGUUUUGUUCGUUAAGGCCUCAAUCUGUUUACUCCGGUGGAGGUUAGUCGCCCGCUGGGGACUCAGAUUGAGAGGGUCUGGAGACCUUUAGUCGAGACUUCAGACUGUUUAAGAACCUCCUGCAGUAUAACUAUCAUUAAAACUGAACUUGGUAAAUUGCAAUCCGGCUUAACUGCAGUCUAGGGGGAACCAUAUACGGGUGACCUCUCUCGACUUGAAAACAACCGUUUAAUUGCUUUGCUUGUUUUACUUGUUUGAACCUGCACUAAAGUUUCACCGCUAAAUAAUACGAAUUCGCUGAG